AUGGCAUCUAUUCAUGAAGCCUUGGGAGAGCAUCUCAACCUUCCAUUUCCAGCUUCUACCAAACAGGUGGCUGGCCAUGUAGAGGGCGUGAAGACUGAAGUCAUGGUCAUCAACUUCAGUGAUAAGAUCAUGCUCACCGUGACUCAAGAAGGCCGUCUCUCGCAUUGGCUUCAUGUUCCUCUUGAGAAUAGCAAUCCUGGGACUGAGGGUAUGCACGUUUUCACUGAGAGUACAGAGGACAGCCUUCUACCGCUUAGCAGCCUGACUGCAACGUCAAUCUUGGGUGGCUAUGGUGCUGGACAGGAUACGUUAGGUCAGCUACUUGCGCGUCAGAUAGCUACUGCGAUCGCUAUGAAAUCGCCUGCCGAGAAACGUCUACUUGUUGUCGGCCUAGGACUACACAAGGCUACUUUAGAGCGAGAUUCCUUCUUUGCAAUCAUUGAUCUUGUCCUACAAUGCAUUUAG